UAGUAGUAGGCGGGAGGGAGCGGACUCCACAUUUGACUCUCCUGCGCUCUCCCAGGGAAAUGCCCCGGGCACUCAUCUGAGGCACCCAGCAAAGAUGCUUCUAGUCCUGAGACCACCCCAUCAGCGGCCGCGGAGGCGGCCCCCGCUCCACCUUCUCUUCUCCCUGGUCCUGUGUGCGCUCCUGGGCAGCCCUGUGUCUGGAGCUUCCUUCUUUGGAGAGAACCACCUGGAGAUGCCCUUAGAUGAAGACCUGAGCGAGAUUCACGUGAAACUCCAAUUCUUUACGGCCCAACCAGACGCCCUUCUCCUCCUGCUAGCUGGCCCAACUGACCAUCUCCUAGUGGAACUUCGCUCCGGCAGCCUGCAGAUCCGACUAGCCCAGGGAAAUGAAGAGACCCUGCUGCAGUCCCCUGAAGAGAUGCCACUCAAUGACUUGGGGAGCCAUGAUGUGGAGGUGACAGUGGCAGACGGCCAGCUCUCCCUGGCAGUGGAUGACCUCUUCAAUUCUUCUACUACCACCCUCGAGGCUCCCCUCCAGGCCUCCUAUGGCGUCUUUGUGGGAGGAACAGGGAAUCUGCAUCUGUCCUACCUGGCCUCGGCCAGCCGCCCACUUCGAGGCUGCCUCCAGGAAGCCUCUGUCAAUGGCCUCGAUAUCCUGGCCCGACUGACCGAAGGAGUGAGGGAUGGCUGUGCCGCAGAGUUCUCAGCCAGUGACGAUGAGGCUCUGGGCUUCACAGGGGCCCGGGCCUUGGCCACCUUCCCCACGUGGAGCACACGAGACGAAGGCACGCUAGAGUUCACACUAACCACCAGGGUCAAGCGAGCACCCCUGGCGUACCAGGCGGGAGGGCCCCAGGGGGAUUUCAUCUUCCUGGAGAUCUUCGAUGGGCACUUGCGGGCCAUCGUGGAGAAGGGUCACGGGGCCGUCAUGUUGCACAACAGCGUCUCUGUGGCCGACGGGCAGCCCCAUGAAAUCGGCAUCCAUGUGGAUGUGCAUAUGCUCGAGAUCUCCGUGGACCAGUACCCCACGCGCACCUCCAACCGUGGCGUGCACAGCUACCUGGAGCCUCGAGGAAGCCUGCUUCUUGGGGGUCUCGAUGAGGAGGCCUCCCACCGUCUGCGGGAACAUAGGCUGGGUCUGGCCUCCGCGAUUGCCAACGUGUCGCUUGUGGGCUGCCUGGAGGAUCUCACCAUCAACGGAGAGAGGCAGGGACUCCAGAGGGCCCUGAUGACCCGCGACAUCACCGCAGGCUGCGGACUCCCCGAGGAUGAGUACGAGGAUGACGUCUACGAGGUGUACGAGCUGCCAUCCACCUCGGCGCCCGAAGCCUGGCCAGGCCUGGAGAUGCCGGAGCCCUGCGCCCCGGAACAAGGGCUGCCCCCUGUCUUUGCCAACUUCACCAAACUGCUGAUGCUGAGCCCUCUGGUGGUGGCAGAAGGGGGCACGGCCUGGCUAGAAUGGAGGCAUGUUCAGCCCACUGUGGACUUGGGCAAGGCAGGCAUCCGCCAGUCCCAGGUGCUCUUUGGGGUGGCUCGCGAGGCCCGGCAUGGAGAGCUGGACUUCAGCAUCCCUGGAGCUCAGUCCCGGAAGAAGUUCACCCUCCUGGACGUGGUCAGUCGCAAGAUCCGUUUCAUCCACGACGGCUCCGAGGAUCCAGAAGACCAGCUGGUCCUCGAGGUCACGGUGAUGACCCAGAGCCACGUGCCUCAGUGCCUGCGCCAGGGCCAGACCUACGUCCUGCCCAUCCGGGUAAACCCCCUGAAUGACCCUCCCCGAGUGGUCUUUCCGCACGGCAGCCUCCUGGUGAUCCUGGAGCACACCAGAAAGGCGCUGGGGCCCGACACCUUCCAGGCCUACGACCCGGACACCGCCUGCCAGAGCCUCACUUUCCAGCUCAUCAGCAGCCAGCGCCCGGAAGGCGGCCGGGUGGAGAGCAACGCCCAGCCCGGGCAGCGGGUCACCGAAUUCUCCUGCCCGGAGCUGGAGGCGGGCGGCCUCUCCUACGUCCACAGCGGCGGGCCUGCCCAGGAUCUCUUAUUCCGGGUCACUGACGGUCUGGACACCAGCCCCGUGGCGGUGCUGCGCGUGGUGGCCAUCCGGCCCACCAUCCAGAUCCAAAACAACACGGGCCUGUUUGUGCCCCAGGGCUCUUCCGUGCCCCUCUCCACCGCCAACCUGUCAGCCCAGACCAACGCGGUAGGCCAGGAGGUGAGCGUCUUGUACCGGCUGACCGGGGCCCUCCUCUACGGGGACAUCCAGAAGCAGGGGCUCGGCAGAGCUUCCGCCGGGGACUGGGGCUCCGUCAGCACCUUCUCCCAGCGCGACGUGGAGCAGGGCCGCGUGCGCUACCUGAGCACCGACUCGCAGCACCACGCUGAAGACACCACCGAGAAGGUGGGGUUCGAGGUGCAGGUGGGGCAGGAGACCCUGGCCAACAACACCUUCCUGGUCACCAUCCAGAAGGCGGCCAUCCGCAUGCGCAGGCUCGUGCCCCUGCUCACCCACAACACCCGGCAGGAGGUGCUCACCCCGGAGCAGCUGGAUGCCGCCCUGGACGCGGAGUCCGGCCCUGGCCCGGCCGCCUUCCACUACGAGAUCAUCCAGGCCCCCCGGAAGGGCAACCUCCGCCUGCAGAGCAGGCGCCUGACGGAGAGGCAAGGCUUCACGCAGGAGGAUCUUCAGAAGGGCCACGUCAGCUACCGAGCCUCAGCCCGGGCCUCCGAGGAGGCCCAGGACUCGUUCCUCUUCCGCGUCACGGCCCCGCCAUACUUCUCCCCACUCUACGCCUACCCCAUCCGCAUCGGGGGCGAUCCCGACGCUCCGGUCCUCACCAACGUCCUCCUCUCUGUGCCUGAGGGGGGCCGAGGCACCAUCUCCCAAGACUACCUGUUUGUCAGGAGCCUCAACAGCGCCGACUACCUGUACGAGGUCAUCGAAAAGCCCCGCCACGGCAGCCUGGUCUGGCGGGCGACCGGGCAGGGCUCCGGGGCAGACGCUGCCCCCGUGACGACAUUUACCAACGAAGACCUGCAGCAGGGCCGGCUGGUAUACCGCCACGACGACUCGGAGACCACUGAAGACGACAUACCCUUUGUGGCGGUCCGCCAAGGGGAAGGCAGCGGCGGCAUGGCCUGGGAGGAGGUGCGGGGUGUCUUCCGGGUGGCCAUUCAGCCAGUGAACGACCAUGCCCCAGUGCAGACGGUCAGCCACGUCUUCCGCGUGGCUCGAGGCGGCCGGCGGUUGCUGACCACAGACGAUGUGGCAUUCGCCGAUGCUGACUCAGGUUUCACCGAUGCCCAGCUGGUGCUCACCCGGAAGGACUUGCUCUUUGGUAGCAUUGUGGCCGCCGAUGACCCCAGCCGGCCUGUCUACCGCUUUACCCAAGAAGAUCUGAGGAAGAAGAAGAUCCUGUUUGUCCACUCAGGAGCUGACCGAGGCUGGAUCCAGCUCCAGGUGUCAGAUGGCCAACACCAGUCCACUGCGCUGCUUGAAGUCCAGGCCUCUGAGCCUUACCUCCGGAUCACAAACAAUUCCGGUCUGGUCGUCCCCCAAGGAGGCCAAGGGACCAUCGACACAUCCGUGCUGGGCCUCGACACCAACAUGGACAUCCGCAGCAGUGAGGAGGUGCGCUACCACAUCACUGCAGCCCCCCGGUGGGGCCAGCUGCUCCGAGCAGGCCAGCCCACCUCCACCUUCUCCCAGAGGGAUCUGCUGGAAGGUGCUGUCCUCUAUCAGCAUAAUGGCAACCGCAGUCCCCAAGACGUCCUGAGCUUCUCUGUGGAGGCUGGCCAGGUGACUGCAGAAGACACACUGAAGGUGACUGUUUCCCUGGACAGACCACUGGCCCCACUUCAGAUGGUGAAGCAGGAGAAGAUGUACGUCUUCCAGGGGGAAGCAGCUGAAAUUAAGAGAGACCUCCUAGAGGUGGCCCAGGAAGAUGUACCUGCUGCAGAGAUUGUAUACAAGGUGACUGACCCGCCAAGAGCUGGCUACCUAGUGACUGUCUCUCAAGGAGCUUCAGCUAAUGAGCCCCCCAGCCUGGACCCUGUCCACAGCUUCACUCAGGAGGAUGUGAAUGAAGGCCGGGUCCUAUAUCUCCACUCCCAGGCAGAGGGCUGGACUGACCGCUUCACUCUGGAUGUAGCUUCCAGUGUUGGAGCCACCCUUCAAGGAGUGCAGGUCGAGCUGCAGGUGCUGCCGGUCACCAUCCCCCUGGAGACCCAGAACUUCAGUGUGCCCGAGGGAGGUGCCCAUCCUCUGGCCCCUCCAGUACUUAGGGUCACUGGACCCUACUUCCCCACACUGUCUGGUCUAGAGUUCCUGGUCCUGGAACCACCCCAGCAUGGGAGCAUCAAGAGAGGAGAGACACCCCAGGAUGGAAACCUCAGCACCUUCACAUGGAGAGAGGUGGAACAGCAGCUGAUCCAUUAUGUACAUGAUGGCAGUGAGACCCUGAUGGAUGCUUUCAUCCUUGUGGCCAAUGCCUCUGAGAUUGACCGACAAAGCCAGCCUGUGACCUUUGGCAUCACUGUUCUACCCCUCAAUGACCAAGUCCCAACCCUCACGGUCAACACAGGUGUACAGAUGUGGGAAGGAGCCACAGCCCAGAUCACCCCUGAUAUCCUGAAAGGAGAAGAUGCUGACUCCCUCCCUGAAGAUCUGGUCUUCUCCAUCCAGCCACCAACCAAUGGGAGGAUGGUGCUGAGGCUGUCACCAAGGACAGAGAUCCAGCAGUUCACUCAGGCCCAGAUCAAUAAUGGACUCGUUCAGUUUGUCCAUGAAGGGCCCCUGGAUGGUGGAUUCCAUUUCAACCUCUCCGAUGGCGAUAACGUCUCACCAGGACACUUCUUUGCUGUGAAGGCUCAAAAGUUGCGACAAAUCACUGUGGAAAGCAAUCAAGCCCUUACCAUCUGUCCAGGAACCUUCCAGACCAUUACCAACCGAAACCUGAAAGUGACUACCAAUGAAGAUACAGACCCCCAUCACCUGUUUUACUUUGUUGAGCGGGGCCCUUGGCUAGGACGGCUGACCCAUUCUCGGCUGGGGAGCAGUGGGGAUGCCCUGAGGAACUUCACACAGGCCGAGGUGGAUGCUGGGGAGAUACUUUAUGAGCAUGAGAUGCCCUCAGAACCCUUCUGGCUGGCCCAGGACACCCUAGGCCUGCGGGUCUCCUCACCUCCUGCCCGAGAUGUUGCCAUCAGCCUUUCCAUCGCUGUGUCCUUUGAGACCUGUUCCCAGCGCACCAGCCGCCUCUGGAAGAAUGAAGGUCUCUGGGUCCCAGAGGGUCAAAGGGCAGAGAUCACCCGGGCAUCCCUAGACGCCUCCAAUCUCCUGGCCAGCAUCCCAGCCUCGGACCGCCCCUCCCACAAUGUAGUCUUCUUAGUGACGGAGUUGCCGGCCCAUGGGGAACUGUGGGUGGGCAGCCAUCACCUGGAUGCUGCCCAGCCUUACUUUCUUCAGUCUGACCUGGCCAGGGGGCGGUUAGCCUACAUCCACAGGGGCUCAGGCACGCAGAAAGAUGGUUUCCAUUUCCAAGCUUCAAUCCAGGCUGGGCAGCAAGACUCUGCUCAGACGCCCCCAGCAGAGCAUGGACCUGUGAUCUCUGAGACGUUCCAAAUCACUGUGCGGGAUGUCAACGAGAAGCCACCCCAGCCCCAGGCCUCCAGGCCUCUGCAGAUCAUUCGAGGUACACGCGCCCCACUCUCCCGGGCUCAGCUAAGUGCUAUGGAUCCAGACUCUUCCCCCGAAGAGAUCGAGUACCAAGUGAAGAGGGCGCCCCACAAUGGCUACCUCCUGCUGAUGGGCGGUCAGCCUUCCCCCGUGACUCGGUUUACCCAGGCAGACGUGGAUGCUGGGAGGCUGAGCUUCACAGCCAAUGGCAGCAGCACCCUGGGUAUUUUCCAGCUGAGCAUCUCUGAUGGGGCAAGCCCUCCUGUGGACACGUCCUUGUCUGUGGAUGUCCUGCCGUCAUCCAUUGAAGUACGCACCCGAACGCCGCUGGAGAUACCCCAGGGCCUAAAUUGGGCUCCGCUGACCCAGCAGCACCUUUUUGUGAUAUCUGACCAGGAAGAGCCAGACGCCACAUACUCCAUCACGCACAUGCCCCAACACGGGUCUCUGCUGGUCAAUAGGGAGCCCAAGACGAGCUUCAACCAGAAGCAAGUGGAGCAAGGGGAAGUGGCCUUUUCCUUCACCAAUUUCACCUCGGCCUCGGAUCAGUUCCAUCUGCUCUCCCUUGCCCGUGGGGCCAACGCCUCCGCAACGGUGAAUGUGACCGUCCGGGCACUGGUGCAGGCGCAGGCUGCUGAGCCCUGGCCCCAGGGCACCACCCUUCGCCUGGACACCAGCAUCCUGGAUGCCGGGGAGCUGGCCAACCGGACGCAGAGCGUGCCCCGCUUCCGGAUCCUGCGGGGACCGCAGAGAGGCCGAAUUGUGCGCAUCCCACGGGACAGGGACCAGGAGCCUCAGGCCCAGCUGGUGGAGCUGUUCACCCAGGAGGACCUCAAGGAAGGGCUGAUUGGGCUGGAGCUGAGCAAGCCAGAAGGCAGGGAGCCCCCGCGGCUGCAGGACAGCAUCACCUUUGAGCUGUCGGCCAGGGGGGUGCCUCCAGCGGUGGCCUCCCUCGAUUACACGUCGGAGCCUUAUGAUGCGUCCAGGCCCUAUGGCGUGACUUUGCUCAUUGCCCCUGGCUCCUCUGAAAGCAGCGGGGGCUCGCGUGGAAAGGACAGCUCUUCCCGGACGGUCACGGGGCCCCAGGGGCCCGAGAGACCCACCCCCAACAUCAGAGACACAGGAGGGGCCCCCACGACCGGGCAGGGCCAGGUGACGCCAACCAGUGCUGCGCCCGCAGAAGGGGGCACCUUCCUGGGCUUCAUCGAAGCCAAUAUGUUUAGCAUCAUUAUUCCCAUCUGCCUUAUCCUGCUCCUGUUGGCCCUCAUCCUGCCCCUGCUCUUCUACCUCCGCAAGCGCAACAAGACGGGCAAGCACAACGUCCAGGGUCUAUCGGCCAAACCUCGCAAUGGCAUGGCCAGCGACGCCGAGACCUUCCGCAAGACCGAUCCCAGUCAGACCAUCCCACUGACCUCCGUGCCCGGCAAAGGGCCUGAGGCCAGGGGCCAGCAGGACCCAGAGCUGCUACAGUUCUGCCGGACACCCAACCCUGCUCUCAAGAAUGGCCAGUACUGGGUCUGAGCCCCUGCCCCCCAGGAACAACUCUGACAGACAAUUCUCUUCCCUUCUUGGGUCCGAGGGUCCCACUUCUACCUCCCACUUCCAUGUUCCUUACUUCCUUUCAUCCAUCCUCAUUCUUCUCAGGGGGUUUCUUGGGCUGAACAAGAGGGCCAGUCCCACAUCACCAUCAUGUCUGAUGAGACAGAGAAACUCAGUAAACUGUGGGAGAGUUGGGAGGCUGGGGUGGAGCAAAGACCCCCAGAGGGUCAGGAACAAGGAUCAAGGAUCUUCCCUUCCCCACAUCACCAUACCUGGAGAACUCCAAAGGUUUAGUAAUAAGAGAAGGUCGGGACAGGGAUGGAAAAUGGAACUAAGGAAAUGAAGCUGGCCCCUUUGUUGGGACCCCAAUUUGGACAGUUAGGAGGCAGGAUGGUCUUAUGGGGAGAGUAGUGGGCAGAGGGAUUCUUAGGUCCAUCGAGGUCCAUCUCCAGUUCCUGGCAUGACCUUGGGUAAGUCAUGUCCCCAGUCAAGGGAAGGGCAAAGAGAAAGGGCUCUCUCCUACCCGGGUGGAGAUUGGAGAGAUGGGAUUCCACGUUAGGAGUCCUCACCUCAAGACUCUGCCCCCCAACAUCCAUCCCCAGCACAGGCCCUCCCUUUACUCUGAAAUGGGGGAAAACACCUUCCCAAUGGGGCCCACUUUGGGGUUUCUAGGAAGGGGCUUCCCCUCAGGGUCCAAGAAGGGUGGCAGCCAGGAGCCAAGGUCUUCCCCCUCAUAGUGGGGCUAGUGGGACAGGAGAGAGAGGAGCGAUGAUCAGGCUUUCUAGGAGGGAGGGAAGUUCCCUGGGGGGAGGGCAUCCACAUUUAUUUAAGGGAUAUUGCACAAAAAUCUAUUUAACACAUUGCUAAGGCGGGCUGGGUUGGGAGCUUCCAAACAGCCUGGAGAAGGCAGCCUUCUGGACCAGGGGAAGCACCAGGAUGCCAGUUCUGAGCUCCAGAACGUGAUAGGAGGCGUUUGUUUGGUUUGCCGGCUCUCUGAGGUUACAGAACCUCUGAGACAGAUAAAGGACCUGAGAAGAUGCCAUCAGAAAGACCUUCUUCUGCAGGGGACCAAAGGCCAAACCCAUGGAGAAACCCAGGGACUCUGAGCCACUGGCCAGCCUUGGCAGAGCUCCUGGCGGUUCCUUGGGGCUCCCACCUGUUGGAGAAAGGAGCCGGGUUCCUUGGGACUGUGGGGAUUCUCCAGGGCCUCUAUAAAUGGUGCUUUGGUUGAUUCUCAA